GAAAACGAGGCUGGCCCUGGAGAAAAAGGAUAUGGAUCUUGCAGCUGCGCAGAAGGAGGCUCAGGAGAAGACUGCCUUUGCCGACCAGAAACGGCUUCGGUCGGAGCACCAGAGGAACAGAUCAACAAGCUGAAGUCAUCUCUCACUGAAUCCAAUCGAGAGGCAACUCGUCUAAAAAAAUAUAAAGUGGCUCUGACCGACCAGCUGGAGAGCAUGACUCGCAGGAGGAACGAUUUGGAGGCUUACCUGAAAGCUCUUGCCAAGAAACUCUUUCUUAUGCUCGAAGAAUUCUGCCAAAACUUUGAAGAGGAGACUGGACGGGUCGAGACAGGAUUGGACCCUAUCCUUUCUCCAGUCGGCGAUGAGGCUGCCAUGAAUAUGCUUCGAUUGGAAUCCCGCGUCGCCAGUGUUACAAGUUACCUUGCCCGUCUGAAGGUGGCACUAUCCCGCAUCGACUCAUCGCUCUGGCCAAGGGCAACGUUUCAGAAUGAUCUCGAGUCUCUGAUGGCUCGACUCAAUGAGGUCCCCGGCCGAGUGCAGGAAUGGAAGAAGUCCUCUGCCCGCUGCGGUGCUGACGUGGCUCUGUCACUGGUCAGGGUCCACUUCAGAGAGGCUCGAGAAGAGAAGCUGGUGGCGAUCAAGGUUGCCAACACAAAAAGGCACGACUUCCAGUCCUUCAUGGAAACUUUCAUUGCUGCUGCACUCGGAUUGCGGACGGGGUCGACUUGGACGAGUUCAUCGAGCCUGCAAGUCCUCCUCCUGCUGAGUGAACCAACUUGAAACUCAAACUUGCUUUGAAUUUGCCACGGUAUGCCGAGUGGUUAUUGUAACCGUUAAACUCUUUCGGGCCUAACGCCCGAGUACUUUUAUCUUCGUCUUGAGACCUUUGAGAUUUUAUCUGAUCUUGGUUUAUCUUCUGCAUGUGCUUGCAUUUACCUUCGAGUGGAACUUAUUCUUCACUCGUAAUAUUCUUUGAGAUGUAACUUUGAAGGAAAUAUACCAGUCGACCUGCACCUCAUCGUCCUUGCAGAUAGGGAUGGAGCGGACAUUUUACUUGUGGCGCAACUCUGAGGAGAGGUUCGCAGUCGACCUGCACCUCGUCGUCCUUGCGAAUA